GGGACAGCGUCGAGGAAGGCCAGCCGGAGAGGCACGAGCGUCUGGUUGCCACCCGAGCACCCCGCGAUGGUCUUAGUGGUGGUCAUGGGCGUGAGCGGCUCCGGGAAAUCCACAGUGGGCUCGCUUCUGGCAGAUAAGCUAGGCUGGAAAUUCUAUGAUGCUGAUGACUGUCAUCCAGAGCAGAACAGAAGGAAAAUGGCAGAAGGAAUACCUCUAAAUGACCAGGAUAGGAUACCAUGGCUUUGCCACCUACAUGCUAUAUUAAUGAGAGAACAUAUGUCUGGACAAAAUGCCAUUUUAGCUUGCUCAGCUCUGAAGAAAAUGUAUCGAUGCAUUUUGGAGAAUGGAGAGACUAAUUGUCAGAGUUUGAACAAUCAGCAAGAAGAAAAGAAGUCCGCUCCACAAAAGAUCCUUUUCGUCCACUUGGCAGGAUCAAUGGACCUAAUUGCUAGUCGUCUAGGAAAAAGAAAGGGACAUUUUAUGCCACCUACUCUACUACAAUCUCAGUUUGAUACUCUUGAACCUCCACUCGCACCAGAAAACUUUAUCACUGUUGGUUUGGAAAAGCCUAUUUUAGAAAUAGUAUCUGACAUUGAAAGACAUAUUAGAAGUUUGUAUUGAUGUUUCUCCAGGUGGUGGUGUUCUGAGGCCUGAUAACUUCAAAUAAAUUUUGCCAUCUCUAA